AUGUCCCAGGACAAUCAACCUGCAUCCAUUACUCCAGGGGAUCUUUUAAAAGGUCAGAAUCUGGGAUCUAAUAUUUCGAACAUGAUAAAAAAACCUCCUACAGUUAACACGCCGGUCUUAGCAAGAUCAACCCAGAACACCCCAUUGAAUUCAAACACAUCAUCUACGAUUCCUUUACAACAAUGGGUUUCACAGUAUCAAACUAAACUAGAUAUUUCCCCUGCAUCAACGGGUAGAAAGGAGUAUCCAAAUAUAAUUGAUACAGAUAAUAAGCUGCCUACUAUCGCAAACGUGAACAAUUCCAAUAAUACUAAUAAUCUUCCUGGUUUAGGUCCCAUUGGGCGAAAACAGACUAAACCAAUUAAGCCGAUAGCAAUAAAACCAUCUUCAUCUUUGCCUACUUUAUUGCCAAAAUCAGUCACCCCUCCUAACCUUACUCGAUUAGCACCGAAAGAACCAGUUGGCAUAGAUCAAAUUAAACAAUUUCAAACAAGUUUCCAGCUUGGCGCAAGUAAACCUUCUUAUAAUAAGACUUCCAUAAACGCUAUAAUUAAUCUUGAUUCCGAACCAGAAAAUAAACUAGAAAAUAAACCAGAACUAUCAGCCCCAAAGGAAAAGAAAAAGAGGGUACAAAAAAAAAAGCCUUCAGAUGACAAUGGGACCCAACCUUCUAAGAAAAGGAAGACCGAAAAAGUUAAGGAUUCUGGGGGUGCUACAGUAGAUUCACCGCUGGUUGAAAACACGGUGACUAAAGCUACAACCGAAUCUCCAAAAAAGAAGAAAGCCGUUAAACCGAAACAAACGGAUCCUAAGACUAAUGAAGCAAAAAAAUCUGUUAAAUCUAAGAAAAAGUCUGUAGAGGUAGUUACACCACCAAGCACAGACGCAUCCAAAUCUGUUGUUCAUCCUAAUAUGACAACAGAAAGAAACGUAAUCGAAGAUAAUAAUAUACUAUUACCCUCGCCGCAAAUAAUAGAUUUGACUAUGUCUCCACUCCGCCCUAAAGAAGACGUUAAUAUGGAAAGUUAUAAUAACAAAACACCUGAAGAAUCUAACGAUAAGGAAAAAGAGAAAGAAAAGGAAAAGGAGAAAGAGAAAGAAAAAGAAAAAGAGAAAGAGAAAGAGAAAGAGAAAGAGAAAGAGAAAGAGAAAGAAAAGGAAAAGCAAGAACCACCAAUAAUUGCAAUAAAUAUUCCCUUAAUUAAUCCUUCUAAUCCUAAACCUGGUCAAUCAGAAGUUGUAAUAAAUGUAUUAAAAUUGGCUGAAGAUAAAUAUGGAUGGUCUGUAAUACAUCCUAAUGCAAAAUCCGCGAUUGAUUUGAUGGAUGAAAUUAUCGAUGAUGAAGACGAUGGAAUGGAUGAAGACAUUGAAGAAGAUGAAUUACCGAUUAUUGAUGAACAAGGGCCUACUUCCGGAAAUCCUUUUGCAAAAAAGAAGAAGGCUACUGAAGAGGAAUUAACAGAAGAACAAUUAGCUAGAAGACAUGAAGUUAAAAUGAAUAGAAAAGUAGGGAAGUAUGAUUAUGAGGACCCAUUUAUUGAUGACGAAGAAUUGCAAUGGGAAGAAGAAAUCACUUCAACAAAGGAUGGUUUUUUCGUGUAUUGGGGUCCUUUAGUUGACGAUAGAAACAAUACAACAUCGAAUAAAAAAACUUCCUCGAAGAGCAAAAAAUAA